AUGAGUCCCUCGGCUGCAACUAUGGGUAUGAUUCAAGAAUCUCCUAAAAAAACAGCCUUGGAGAAGAAGGAAAGCAUUGAGAAGGAGAGGCAGAUUUCUGUUGAUCCAAUAUCUAUGCAGCCCAAAACGGAGGUGACACUGUUGCCUCCCCCAGGAAAAUUUGUAAGCUGCAGUCUCCCCAACUCGCCACGCUUUGAGUCGAGUUCUGCAAAGCAUAAGAAGAAACACAAAAACCAGCCGUCGCCACUGACACGGCAGCAGUCGGUGGCCCUGGGCAAUCUGGAGCGGCUGCGCAUGCAGAGGAGCAAGUCAUGCGGAGAAGGAAGGGUCUGCCAGCCAUCCAUUGAUUUGGAUCUGUGGCCCUCCUCCGCUGACAACGAGGCUGAGGAAGGCAAAACAAGAGGAGGCAAGGGCGAUGGGGGCGGGGGCGAGGCCAAGGGCAAGAGCAAGGGAGAAGACAAGUUCAAAUGCGGGGCGUGCUUGUUCCUCCCAGGCUUAGGCAAGGGAAAAGCAGUGCGAGCGCGCAAGGAGGUGGAAGAAGAACACGCAGACAUAGUAUCCCAAAGAGUGUCUCUGGAGAAAUUCGAAUGCGGGUCAUGGAGAUCAUCAGCCAUCAUAAACUCCCAAGAAGAUGGAGAUUCUACCUCCAAUCUCUUCUUUGAUCUGCCUCUCGAGCUGAUGCGAUGUGCCAGUGUCAACGACGCUGAAUCCCCAGUCACCACCGGAUUUCUCUUUGAUGCUGCUAAUCGGAAAGGGGUUCCCAAAAUUGGGAAAUCCCACGAAUCACGCCACGUUCGGUUUUCUACAUCUUCACCCACUUCACCUUCACCUCGCCUCCGCAAUCAAAGGGAUGAUGAUUUCACUGCCUUCUUAGAGGCACAGAGCGCAUAAUAAUUCCUUCCAACCUCUUUCUUUUUUUGUUUUUAUUUUCCGAUAAAUUUUGUUUUUCUUUUACUAUGUAGAGAUAUGUAUCUAUGUCAUCAAAUUGAAAUGAAGGCCAACUUAUUUGAAUGCAA